AUGGAAACGAAUGCUUUGGCUCUGGUUACGCAGCGGAGGCUCUGUAUUGCUGAGGCAGUUGCUCGGGCUGCGUUCCAACCUGAAACCUCGGUUCUACUCACUGUGGAGCGCGGGGACGGUGUUUCCGGCACGACAGUCGCCACGAACGCGUGCGUGAACUCGACCUUGGAUCGCGUGCACUUUCAUCAUGACAACCUGUGUUUACGUGUCUCGAAGCUGCAUAUAAAGCGGAUUUCUUCGACGUCUUUACGUUUGCUUCUCGUCAGCGGCGUUGCGGCGGAGCGAGAUUUCCCGGUGGCCUAUCGAAUAGACUUUGCUGAAGCGCUCGAAGCCGAAGCCUGGCUGCGACUUCUCCAUCGAAUGCAACGAGUUGCAGCGCUGAGAGAAGAGUUGGUCCUGUUGCAGAUGGAUUCAAGCAGUCUGGCUUCAUCGAUGAAGGCAGCGGUCGGCUCGAGCGCUGCGUCCGUCGCUUCGCAGCGAGCUGGAGCGUUCGCGGCCACCGACCCUGUCUCGCCACCGAACGUCCUCCGUGGACGCACCGAAACAGCCGCGUACCUGUACUGGGACGGUGUCGUGCAGCAGUGGCGACGGACCCUUCCGUACAGCGACACCGAAACCAUCGUGGAACGCGCCGACCUCGAGUACGGACCUCCGCAAGCACGCUACCCAGUCACUGCAGACGACGUCGGCUGUAUCAUUGCAGCCGUUUUGGACACUGGUGCUACGGUUCGUACGGCAUCCGUCAUUACCAUUCACGAGGAACUGCGCGUCGAUGUCGAAGCGGUGCUCCAGCGUGGCACCUGGCGCCUGCCUCGCUCCUGGAUCCAGAGACCGCCGGGGAAACCCAACCGGCGGAUGCGCACCACGCUGACGCUAUCGCAGCGCGGCAUCAUCGGCCUCUACCCCAAAUGCCGCCCGUGGAGCGAAUCCCUUCAUAUAGACAUGCGUGCCGAGGACACGUUGCAGCUGGAGAUUCACGAACGGCCGAUGCGUGCCGAGGACACGUUGCAGCUGGAGAUUCACGAACGGCCGAUGCGUGCCGCCUCCGCUCCGAUGCGUGCGCCGGCGGGCGUGCACCUGUGCGUGCGCACCCCGAACGCAUACCAGCGGGAUAGCGUGUUGCUGGUAUUUCGAGCGUUCAGGGCACUCGCUCUUAUGGGCUGUACAAGGCUCGCUCCUGAACUAACGUCCACGUACUUAUCCGCGGCCUGUUUGCCAAUCGGUUGCUUCGGCAUCGGCCAUGGACGCCAUCGGACGGUGCAGCCGAAGCGCACGCGUUCCGUCCAGGUCCAGACUUCGAUGCUGGAUCCGCUUGCGGUAGCAACAGCGCGCGAUCACCAGGCCGCUGACGCAUUCGCUGCCGAUCAUUCGUCAGAGGCCGUUGUCAUACUCGCACCGAAUGGUGAUCUCUCUGUUGUGGACCAUGGUGGACAAGUAUCCAUUUCACGAGCCGCCUGCACGAACGUCGCUGUGGAGCAGUCCCUGGUGGAGACAUCGGCCAUUGCGCCCCAGCUGGAGGCUCCGGACCAGAGUCUCACGGUGCUGCACUUUGCAACGAAUGUAGACGUGAUCAGGGAUACGGGAAAUCCGCCCCCAGACACCAUCUCGGAAAGGAUCUCGAGGUUCGAGCAGAGACCCGUCGGGCUGUCCAUCUCCUCGGGUAAGGCACAGCAGCCUGCUGCAGUUGCUGCUGCAACGAGAUCAGACGCCAGAUCCCCGGUACGUCGGCCGGGACCCCGUUUUCCGUCGGUCUCCCGUGCGCCGCUGCCACCGCUGCCGUCACCGGCUCUCGACCUGGCGACACCAGCAGGUGCCAAUGGCGGCAAUGGGCCCCGAACGCGUGUCUGGAGACGCUUGCACUGGAAUUGUGUUCCAUUGCACCAAGUACCGGGCUCCAUCUGGUCAGAUCUGCGUCCACUGCGCUGGAUCCCGGAUAUGGACGAAAUGGCGAAGCUCUUCAGCCAAGAGGUGGCAUCCGGUUUCGGCGCUGCUGCUGGCCGGUCAACGGCACCAGCUGACGCACCGGAGAGCUUCGCAGUGCUGGACGCGAAGCACGUCCGCAACCUCGAUAUUUUGCUGGGCAGAUUCCGAAACGUUUCUAGCGAGGCUGUAGCCGAUGCGUUUGUACACGGUGAUCUCGACGCCCUCGAUCCAGACUUUUUCGAAAUUCUAGCACCGAUGCUUCCAUCAGCACCAGAGCAGGCGCGCCUGCUGGAGGCCUUCCAGACCCGAAAGGACAUUGCUCUGGAACGGCUGCUGUAUCCCGAACGGUUUAUGCUCACGAUGCUGCAGCGGGUACCGCGUAUCGCUGCAAAGGCCGCGGCAUGGAGCACCAUGCGGCGCUUCACGGAAGCCUUCCAGGAACUGGACGCUGCGGUGACCAGCGUGACCCGAGCGUGUCUGGAGAUUCGCCAGUCCAGGCGCUUGCGUCUUGUUUUGGAAGUGCUUCUCGUGAUUGGAAAUGUUCUCAAUGCCGGUUCUGCGCGGGCGAAUGCCGCUGGCUUUACCAUCGACUCGGUUCCGCAGCUCGCUCGCUCUCGUUCAGUGAUAUCCUAUGCGGGCGCAGUGCUCCGGAAAAGCAGUGAGCAUCAGGCUGCAGAUUUGGAGCUAGGAACUGAGCUCGCCAGUGUCCAAACUGCGUCUCGAAUUGAACUCGAUCACAUAUCCACCGGUUUCAGCGAGCUAGAGCAUGAUCUACAGGAGCUCACCUCCGAGUGCGAGCUCUCCGCAAAUGAGCCGACGGGGCGGGCGCUCUCAAGGUGCUUUCGUCGCUGGCUGGAACCGGCGCGAGCGAAGUUACAACAGCUUGCGCAGCGCCUGCGGGAAAUGAACGAAGCAGUUGAAGAUACGCUCCUGCUUUUACCUAUGACGGAGCAGGGUUUUGUGGGCGGCCCGGAAGUCGCGACUCGACGAGCGAGUCUUCGUGAUGAUCUGUUUCGUUAUCUAUGGCAGUUCGUAGAGUUGUGGGAUCAAUCACUCGCUGAGACUCGCGCUCUGAAUGAAAAUACUGCUUGUACCUGGCGACAGCGCGUUGGCGCUGACUUGGACGAGGCCGAGAAAGAAAACGCGCAUCUCCUGUGGUGGAAAACGGGUGAUGGUAUGGCACCUCAGAUAGCGACGUUUCAUGCGGGUACCACCGACUUGGCGACCAAGGCCCCAGGGGCGAUCGUUCCGCCUCCACCACCUCCACCACCUCCACCACCUCCAUUAAUUCCGAGUCCAGUGCAUGGCCCGCUGCAACUCGGUUCGUGA